AUGCGGCCUCUGCAAAGGACAUCUCCGGAGGUCGAGGUGCGGCUUCAGCUGCUUUGGGCUCUUUGCCAGGCUCAAAACGGGCUAUGCCAAGAUCAAGACUUACUGCACCAGGCCGCCACGGUCCAGGAAGAGGUCUCCCGACAAUGCGAGCUCCUUCGACAGGAGCUGCUGCAUGUGGAGGCCGAGCUGCAAGCAGUUCGACAUCCCACCGGACCACCUUCGCCAAGGUCCCGGGAGGACGACAGUGAGGAUGAUCCCGAGCUGCGCCAAGCUCGGCAAGACCACGACGAGUUGGAGAGGGCACUCCACCAGGCGGAGCUCCGCCUCCGCGAGGUGCAGAUGCAACCGGAGCAGGACGGCGAUUCAGCCGACCAUCCAGAGGACACCGGCUUCACUGCCCCUGAGCAAGAGAAUGCUGAGGCGAUUGUUGCUGAGAUUCGAUCUCGUCGGCGUUCAGAACAAGAUGCGGCAGAGGCCCAGCGGCUUCGACAUGACGAGCUGCUGCAGAAGCUCCAGCUCCUGGAGGCCAGGGGUCGCGACGAUCGCUGGGCCUUGCGAGAAGAGUUGACAGAGGCGUGUGUUCAUGCAGAAGUGCUGCACUCGGAGAUCAGCGCCGAAAGGAAAGCUCGCGAAGCCACGCUGGAGCGUCUGCGGGAGGAGGAGGUGUACCUCGUCGGCCAGGUGAGCGAAGUCCAGGAAGAGGCCGACCAUGUCUCGAGGAGCUCUUAUUGGUCGGUGCACAGUGAGUCGAUCUGCUCCGAUUGGUCCGAGGUGGCGCGUGCCCGGGCGGCCCUCGAGCCCUUUGACAUCAGCACACCUCGCGGUCAGGCCUCUUUGACUCCCUCCUCGACGCAGUCGGAGUCACCAGGGCGUGCCUCUUUGCUUUCAGAACUCCGGGGAAGUCGACGAGAGCGAACUCGGGCUUCGCUGGCAGGAUACCGUCCGCUGCAGCAGGGCGAGGCCUCGGCGGAUCCAGGCAAUCCAGAGCAAGUCUCAACUGCACCCGGCCAAAGCAAGGCCCGACCUCGUGGAGAGCGCCGUCGCUCAUCCUUGGCUGCCUUUCGCUCUGUCAACCGAUUGGGCCAAGCGAAGGCCGGCAAUCUCCAAGCCUCUGCGGCCCCAGGCUCAGCGCAGCGUCUCAGCGUAAUUGGGGAGGAGGAGAUUUGUGCUACAGCCGCACGCAAAGAGCUGCACGGGACUUUGCAAGAGACUCCACCUGAGCCUGGAAAACAGAGGGAGACCUCCGUCCUGAAGGAAAGCCGUUCCCCAAGCCUUGCCCAAAGCAGAGGUUCUGAGGAUGUGACUGCUGCGAGUUGUCGCGGAGUCUUGGAAUGGACGCUCUGCCAGCAAGACGGUGUCGCGGCUCGAUCGGCCGAGCGGUCGUCUCCACAGUGGGCUGGCCCAAGUCUUUUCCAAGUGGAACAGCUAGCCACUGGUCGAAAGGUGUUUCGUCUCUCGCAGCGGCUUGCCAGUCCAGUUUCAGAGGAGCUCUCCAUCCCGCUGCUGGCGAUUGCAGCCGUUCGCGAAGACAAGGAGGAUCCUCUUGGACUUGUUUUCGUGGUGCGGUACAAGGCCCAGUCCGAACUUAUGCAGUUGGCGAGCGAGUUCAGGUUCACUUUCGAGCUACGCUGCGACGAAAGAAAGCCGUUCCUCCUGGGUCUCCUCGCUUUGCCAGGCCUGGCCUGGAAACUUCGACUGUCAGGUACCGAUGCGCCAAUGCGCUUUCGAGUCCUGGGUGGGUGUUUGGUCCACAUGCUGACACGAUUUUCUAUCGUCCUCUUCGAUACUCCAACUGCGGACGAAGAGGAGCAGUGGAGGCCCCAUUUCAGCACCGUAAAGAGUGUAGAGACCGCCAGGGUCGGGAAGCAACCUGCCCUUCAAGCAGCUGAGAAUUGGUACUACAAGGCGGAGGAUUUCGGCGAACCCAAAGUCGGUGCAUGGGGAGGUUCCUGCCGAUGCCCAAAUGGCGAGGUCUAUCAGGUGGGGGACAACUUUGACGGCUGUGAAAGCUUGGCAUGUGUCGGUGGUGAGGAGGGGGAGUGUGAAGAUGUGGACAGAGAGGAACGCAGGGGCAUGAAAGUGCGAUGCGAUACUCCACCGCCACCGCCACCUUCGACCCCUCCCCCAGGUCAGCACAGCCGAGAGGCCACGCGAUUCUUGUCCUGGAACGUCUACUAUGCCAACGAUCUGCUUGGCCGUGCAGGUGAGGUUGCAGAGGCCAUCCUCGAGGUCGACCCAGAGAUCGUCUCCCUGCAGGAGCUGUGGAACGAAUGGGAUGAAAUCCUGGCAGAACUGAACCAGAGAUCCUCUGGAGAAAUUUGGGAGUUCGCGCGGGGAGGCGGUGCUGAGUCCAAGUGGGACGGAGACAUUGUUUUUCGGCGCGACUUGUGGAUGCUUGAAGACAGUGGCAUGCAUGCCUUCGAGGACCGUGGAAUCAGCUGGGCAGUACUCCACCGACGGCGUGAUAAAACCGGCGUGGUUGUCCUUGGAACCCAUCCCUGGUGCUGUACCAACGACGAGCCCAUUCUUCGAACCGUGCAGAAUGAUAUUUUGGAGGUGAUCCAAGAGCAGAGGGCUCGAUACCCGCAGUACCCUGUGGCAGUUCUGGGAGACAUGAAUGCAAAUUUCUUCGCCGGAUCUCAGUUCCUGAUGCGCGAGGGCACACGCAGGGCUCGUGGUCGUGAUUGGAGCAUCCUGCCGUACACAUUCAAGGACUCCUACAACAUCAACGACAACGAUCCGGAUGCAUCGACUGGCUUCGGGGUGAAGAUCGACUUUGUCUAUUUUGAGAAGACGCCGCUGCCCAUGGGACAGGUGGUCGACUCAAAGAUCUGGCGAGGCUGUGACAAAGCUGGCAGCGACCACUGUGCUGUCUCUGGCGACAUCAUACUGACUCCAAGAGGAACAACCGGUGUGCCUUCGACUACAACAGCUGGAGGUCCAACCUCCCAAACCUCCACGACGACUACGACGACCCGCUUGUCCACUCAGCUGUCCUGCGCAGACUUCGGGACGUGGCCGGACAUCGACGAAGUCACCUGCGGCAACUGCACGGCCCUGGUCCUCGCCGAUCCAUACGGCGGCCGUUGCCAGACCUUCUGCAGCUCCUUUGGUCAUGUCUGCGUGGCAGCCGCCGAGGAAGUGAGCGAGGGAUGUGAGGUGCAGGAGCAAAAGAGCUGCGACGAACAAAUCUCUGGGACCUCCGACAUGCUGUGCACCUGCGUGCUCCCGACUGAGCCAGCUUGGCGCUCACUUGGUGGACCCUCGAAUCGUGUGUGCAGAGGGGCGAACUCGAAGGACAACUCCGCCAAAUACUACCAAGUUGUCAGUGCCGACACUUUGGAGGAUUGUCAAAGUCUGUGCUCCUUUACUGCGGGCUGCAAGGGCGUGGAGUACUCGGCCCGCGGCAAGCGCUGCGAGGUCUGGACGAGGCCGGAGGGCAUCGGUGCAACCGCCGCUUCAACUGGCUUCGUGUGCCUGGAGAAGGCUGCAGCGGAUGCCAAGCCGUUGCCUCUCAGUUUCAGGCCUGUGGACGGUGGAGAAGGUCGUGCAUGCCGUGGUGCAGAUGGUCGGAACCAGCCAGAAUUCUACCGCGUUCGCAAAGCAUCGACGCUGGAGCUCUGCCAAGGCCUAUGUGCACUCACGGAAGAUUGCAUGGGAAUAGAGUGGUCAGGGCCUCGUCCAUUACCUUCCAUUGUUCGGAAUACACGUGCUUGUUUGUGCUUGUGUGGGAAACAGUGUUUGCAAAUACUCACAUCUCUUCGGAUGAGUCUUUGCGGGGCUACCUCGGCGGCAGUCACACUGACGCACUGCUCAUCUUCGGUCUUUGGGACAUCGCAUGGAGAUCUUUCCUCAUGGUUGGGGCGGGAAUUCACUGGCGAAACUCCGGAAGGAUGGGUCAGCGGAAGAAUCCACAGAGGGGUCACGUUGCCCCCAUGCCCUUGA